AAAUUUGAAUCUCGUACUCGUAGAAAACCCGCAAGCAGUUUUUUAUUCUAAUUCUAUUUUAGUUGAUAAUUUCAAGUAUUUUUAACACUCCGAAGUAGAGUUUGUUGUAAAAAUGGCUAGUGCAAAUUCGCCAUCUGCUGUUUUAACAGAUACUAGAGCUUUAUCUCAACGGAUGCGCUCAGCUUACGACGUUUCCCGAAGCACUGCGACGAUCGGUGAUGUUGCCGUGUCGCUGGAAGCUCUCCGGACAAACCUAUCGUCCCUGAUCGAGCAAGCCAAAAUCCGCAUUCACAAGGCGAGCGUGAACCAAACGGCGCCCCUAACGGAAAAGCAAGCCAAGUUGCUGAACGAUGCCAUCUAUUCGGCUAGUUCGAUCCUGCGGAAGCAGGAACAGCUGACCAGCGCACAGAAUCGGAAGCAAAGUGAUACGGCCCAGCUUAGCGGGGAGGACUUCCAGGAGCAGAUGGCCAACUUGAACAAACAGCUGAAUGCCGUUUCGAUCGAAAUGGCAAAGCUCAAACGGGCUAAUGAUAACAUCAUGAACAUCUACUCGAACUACAUGCUGGAGAAUGAGGAGGAAUGUGAUUCGGAUGAGGAGGAAGAGGACACCGACAGCAAUGAGGAGAAUAACACUAUGUAUAAGCGCGAUUAAGUUUAGGUAAGUUAAAUUAUGUUUUGUAUGCAUCAAUGUAUGUGAAGACUGAUUAUUGAAAACAAGAAUUUGAUCAUAUUUCAUUUUAUAUUACAA